UGUUCCUAUCUCACUUUCCUGUUCUAGGCAGCUUCGGGACCGGGUCGUGGGGGCCUCUGAAGCAGAGGCACCCGACGUAAAUCGAACCCGUAGACGGCGGGCCCUUACAUUUUAAGCUCGACUACAUUAAGAAAGGGCGCUCUUGUGACGAUGACGGCUAUCAUCCAGAAAUUACGACGCAAGCGAAAGUUAUCCUCAGAGCUGCACUCGCGAUGGGGGGAUGUCUCCAUCACCUAUCCCAACGGUGGGUCCUGGAGUCAAUGGGAUCAGUCUUCUACCGGCGCAACUUCAGCCUCUCCCGACCACGAGCGACGGCAUGGUUCUUUGGAACUCAAUCGGUCCGCCACCGCGCCGCGCCUGGGGAGUUACAGCCGCAUUGGGGAUGCCAAUGUGCGGGCGCCAUCCGUGGAUUCAGCCAUGACGAUUCCUACCGGCCACUAUGAUGCACGAGUUAGUCGAAUGCGGAGGAAAAAUCAACAGCAGAGCCCUCCAAUCGGCCUGUCGCAGGCCCUCGAUUCUCCCCGUGAAUGCGACCAUGCAUCUUGUUCAGACGAGUCCUCUGGAGACGAGGACGACGUGGCUGUGCCCGCCCCUCUCAAUGUCUCCCGCGACCGAAAUCCAGCCGAAAAAGAAGAAGCAGACGCCUAUUCCCAUGCAUCGAAAUCGCCUCCUUUGUCGGUAACAUCUCGCAUGCGUAGCCGGCACAGUGCUCAGAGCCACACGAUGGAGCCUCCGAUGUCUGGACCUGGAACGGCCGGUUCGAAGCAUACGAGCUACACCUCCUCGGUGCCGUCGAAUCCAUCGGACGACCAGCGACCGCAGGGGCACCGUUUGUCUACGCAGCAUGAUCGAAAAUCAAUACGGCGCCCCAAGCCCGAGCCGCUGAGUCUACCGACACAACCUGAAAUGGUGCCGUCGUAUGAUGAAUUGUACGGGUAACUACCGGAAUCUGGGGCAGGACCCAUGGGAGGCUUUCUGUUUGUUUUUUGAUACUUCGUAUAUCAUUUGCGUGCAUGCUUGCUUUCAGUUUGGGGAUGGCAGUCACGCCCGAGCUACGCCGGGUGGCUAUAUUGUUUGGGUGGAUGGGAUUCUUAAUUCAGCCGUGAGAGGGCAAAAGAUUUAACCUGCAUGCAUUGUG